CAUUGAAAGGACAAAUAAAGUUUGAUCCACCACGUUGAUGGUGGUUUAUAAAGCAGACCUCAUACCCUAGUUUGUUGACUGUUUCUCAUGUUUAGAACUGUUUCCAGAGACUCACGUCAAAAUGAGUAAGAUUAUCUUUUAUGAGGAGAGAAACUUCCAAGGUCGCUCCUAUGAGUGCGACACAGACUGCCCAGACAUGUACCCUCAUUUCAGUCGAUGCAACUCUAUCAGAGUGGAGAGUGGCUGCUGGAUCCUCUAUGAAAGACCCAAUUACUCUGGUUUCCAGUAUGUGCUAACCAGAGGUGAAUAUCCUGAAUACCAGCGCUGGAUGGGCUACAAUGAUAUCAUUCGCUCAUGUCGUACAUUUUCCUAUAAAAGUGGUGGAUCCUACCGUAUCCGGAUCUACGAUCGGACAGAUUUCCAAGGUCAGAUGAUGGAAUUCAGUAAUGACUGCAAGUCCAUUCAUCAAAGUUUCCAAUGCCGCAGCAUUCACUCUUGCAAUGCCGUGGAGGGCUACUGGACCUUCUAUGAGCAACCCAGUUAUCAAGGCCGCCAGUACUUCCUGCCUCCUGGCGAGUAUCGCAAGUUCAGUGACUGGGGUGCCAUUUGUGCCACCGUUGGCUCGUUCUGCAGAAUCAUUGAUUUUUAGAGUUAAUGUUAUGAAAAUAACUGUGCCUUUUCUGGCAUUGACGUGUCAAUAAAAUGCCACAAAACCAAAUGCUUGGCAGUGUAUGUAUUCAUGCUGCAGGUGUGUUGAUUACCACAGCUGUCUGUGAUCAAAUAUAGAUUUCAGGCUGUAUGGCAUCUGUGGGGACAUGCUUAAAUUCCUAGAUUAGUAUUCCCUUAUGUUUGCCAGUGUAGAUGAUUUAAAAACACACUGUAGUCAUUGCAUAUCUAUAUCAAUAAAAAUGUAUUUUGCUUCUAAGUCAAGCAAGUUAAAUACAGUAUGGACAGUAGGAAGUCACCAUAGGUUGUGGUAGAUUGUAACAAAGGUUUUGUUACAAUCUCAACUUUACUAAUGGCAACCACACAGAACUUUCCAUUCUGGUAACAAAUUCAGUCACUGACAAAGCCUUGAUGUCUGGUGUUAGGCCUUAUUUUGAUUAAGUAGCCAUCUGGCACAAUGACAGCUUCCUGCAAAAAGUUAGAAUAUUUGCUGCAAUACACUUAUUAGUGAAAUAAAUCAUGGCAGUAGGACAUACAAAGAUUUCUUGAACAGAUUCCCUCAUAAACAUCCUAUAUCAGCUAUACCAAAGGCAUUUAGCAAUUUCAAGAAAAAAACCUUUUAGUUUCAAUUAAAGUUUCUUAUUUAAACAAUCUUGUGAUGUGUAAUGCUAAAAUAAAUGCAUACAAAUAACACUAUUGUUGUGUUGUUUCCCCAGAUCUUUCCAGCAGCUUUCAACAGAGCAGCUUUUGCUGGAAAAACUAAUGUUACGGAGGCAAUCAAAGUGAUUGUUUAGGUUAAAUCUGUCCAUGUUUGCAAUAUUCCUGUACAGCUUCUGC